AUGGCAAUGGUUUCUGCUGUUCAGGAAGCCCAGAAAGAUAAUCUCAUAAACUUUAGUGACUACAUGAUGACAGUGUUAGAGGAUGACUGGCAAAAGGAAAAAAGGGACUUUCUUCACAGCUUGAGCCGCAUCUCCAGUUUAGCAAGGACCAAUGUAACUGAUUCAAGCAUUGGGGCUAACCGAUCAGGGCCAAUAUUAUCUCUAUUUUCUAGUCCUCACAUUUCAUCUGGUCCUUCUAACAUGGAGCUUUUGGCAAUAGUUGAUAAAAAGGCUGCAACAUAUGUCCAGGUUGUGAGAAAACUCAAUGAUGCAAGAAAACGUAGUUUAGAAUAUAAAGUUGCAGCCUUUUUUGUAGAAGAUUGCUCUUUCAAGCAUUUUGUCGAUCACUUGGAGUGCAUAUAUGCUCUCUUUUUUCUGACCCAUUUACUUUAA